GCUCCCUGGGUUACGUCACUGACACAACAGAAAACAAUGUUCCCAAUGGCGCCCUCUAGCGAUUGUGACAAGCAAAAUGGAGUCAAAAUAUGAAGUUUUCUCAAAGCUCAAGAUACAAGAUAAGACCCUGUCAUCCACUUCCGCUUUCGUCAGUUCCUCUUUGGCGGAGUGGAGGCCGGAACCAUCUGACCCACCACCAGCUUCUUUACUGCGAGGUGCUGUGACCGAGAACACAGAUCAGGGAUGGAGAUCGAGGAAGGAAGGGUGCCGUCACGUUCCCUCGUCCCAUUGCAUCUCCUGGCGCCGGCGCAGUGACGAAAAACCGAGAAUGGCUCAAUUUGUGAGGAGGCCAGAGGCUUUAGGAGCCGUGUACCUUGAGUCGCAGAGGAACAAGUCCAGGACCAGCUACUUCUGCAACGUGAAAAGCAGGUUGGGAUCCAAGCUGCCUGCUGGCGUUUCCCAGCCUCCACAGUUUGCAAAGCCCCCCUGGAAGACAAUGCAGGAGGCGGCCGCUAACGGCCAGCUCCAGAACCAGCUCCAGAACCAGCCCGUUCUGACGCGGCCUCUCGACCACAUCCCCCACAUCAGAAACCCAAAGCUGCGGCAGUACUACCUGCAAGGGACUUCAUGGGACUUCAGCAGCUCUGCAGUAGCAAAGGAGCCUGCAGGUGGACCGUCACGUGACCGCCUGAGCAGCAGGGGAUUCCCGGAAAACACAGUGUUCAGUGUUGCAUCCGAGUCUAAUGACGCAGCACCUUCAGCAGCAGAGGGCAUGGGCCUCGCGGCUUCUCAGACACAACACGACUCAUCUGCGACCUUCAUGACUCCAGAGCAGCUUAUCGCUAAGGGACUAAACAAAACCUCCGGAGGUGGAUCUCAGCCAGAACCGCACUCCGGACAUCAGGACAAGCCGGAGGCGGACGCCGACCACGACUGCUUUGUUUCGCUUACCGCUCAGCCCCACUCGCCGUCCCAAGAGGCAGAUUAUGACAAACUUCUGGAUGUGGAGGCGGUCCCUCUGCCUGAUGGACAGCUCUGCUUACUCGCUCUACCCCCAGAGUUGUGUGAGGGGGAGGGCCCAGAGGCCAUGUCGUACCUUAAACUGUUCGGCCGCCACAUCACUGACAGAAAGGGUGUGGUUUCAGGUAUUCUGUUGGUGACCUCCAGCAAAAUCUUCUUUGACCCAUUUAAGAAGCAUCCGUUGGUGAAGGAGCAUGGCUGUGAGGAAUACUUUCUCUCUUGCUCCAUUGAUAAUCUGGCUUCUGUGUCCUUCUUCUCCGAUAGUUCACAUGUUCACUUUAACACCACCAAGCAGAGGAAAAAAGAAAAGAAUGUUUUCCAGAGGCUGAAAAACGCCAAAAGUCGAUUAGGAAGUAUCCCAAAACAAACAGUGGGAGAGUCCCUUCCUGCCUCUGCGUCUGCUUGUCCUUCUGAUUUUGCUGAAAAGUUGAUGGAGGAACCGUUUGAGGAAGAGGAGGCUGAAAGCAGAGACAUGGCAGAGGUUGAACAGGAGUUGGAUGGCAACUCACCCGGGGAGCUGUCUGAGAAAUCUGUGGGUGGGUUGGCGGUCCUGAGCAGCGCUGCCUCCCUCUGCUGUGGAGGUCAAGAGGAGGCAGGUAAAGCCAGCGCGGACAGUCAAACUCCAGUGCCUCACAGGUCUUCAGCUGCUACAUCUGGGUGGGUGAUGUUUGUGCGGCUGCGGGUUCAGCCGCCUGUGGAGAAGAAGGGUUCAGAAGGUCUGCUGCUGGGAGGAGACAAAACCUCCACCCGACGGGACGCCUGGCUCGCCCUGUCACAGGAAAGCUCCGACGAACUGCACGCCUACCUGAAGCGCUGCCGGCCAGACUUGUGCAUCAUUGACGGAGAGGAGGAGGGAGAGGCGGACCAUGACGAAGAAGGCUUUGUACUGAUCGAAGGCAGAGAGGGAGAUGAGGAGGAAGCGGUGUUCCAGAGGCGCUGCAGCUCUGCUGAUGAUUGGGAGAUGGUGCUGAAGAUGGAGGACAGUAAGGACAAGCAGAUCCUGGCCAGUGAAAAGGAACCUGAUGGGCUCAGUUUAGUUGUGGAAAGAAGCCAGAUUUUAGAGGAGUCUCAUGUCAGAGAACUGAAUAAGGAGCUGCCAGCUCGAACGGUGGGUCAUUCAUGGCAGCUGACCUACAGCACGUCUCUUCACGGCGCCAGCCUCAAGUCCCUCUACAGAAAACUGGGAGCAAUAGACUCUCCUGUGCUGAUAGUCAUCAAAGAUUCUCUUGAUGAGAUUUUCGGGGCCUUCCUGUCUCACCCACUGAGACCCAGCGAGACUUUCUACGGCACAGGAGAGACGUUUCUCUUCAUGCUGCACCCCCGCUUCAAGUGUUUCAAAUGGACUGGAGAAAACUCAUUUUUCAUCAAAGGAGACUUGGACUGCUUUGCUAUUGGUGGAGGCAGUGGUCACUUUGGGCUGUGGGUGGAUGAGAGCCUGUACGUGGGGCGCAGCAGCCCCUGCUACACCUUUAACAACUGCUGCCUGUCGGAAACGGCUGACUUCCACAUCAUGGAGCUGGAGGUGUGGACGUUCAGCUGAGCCUACCGGGGGACUUCUUCUCAUCUGACUCAUAGACUUCGUUGCCACUGAUUGGCUUCAGUGAGCGCAGACUUUAUCACAAAGCAAAAAACAAAACAAAAACAGUCAUUUGCUCAUUCCAGUCAUUGUUAUCACAUAGAGCUAACAAAAAAUGGUGGAUCUUGAACUGAUCACGAUCUCAGAGUAGAUAAUUGUAACACUGGAGUCAUUCCUGUGGGGACUUGGCAGCCAAAUCAGGUCUGCAGAUGUAAAAAGAGCUAAGAUAUUAUAAAAAUAGAGCAUUCAAAUCUUUAUUUCAUAAUAGAGCUGGUUACAAGUAUGCACUUUGCUAACUUAUUCAUUAUUCCUUACAAAGACACAUUUUGUGCCUUUUUUGUUUGUGCAUGUUCUGAGUUUCAUGCUGCCGCUCAGCUCUUUAGGAGCACCCAAAAACUACCUUUUAGUCGUAUUUAGAAAUGUCUGCACUGCAUUUCUGUACAGCGUGCUGUCUCACAAGCCAUCUCCUCCUCCCCUAAACCACUCACCAUAUUUAAAAAUUCUUUCAUAACCAUUUUAGGUGUGUGGAAACCAAAGCCGUUUCCAAAUGAAGGUAAAAAUCAAUAAAAAGGACUUUACAUUCACAGGGUUUUGUCAUUCUGCUGCUGUAGAUGCUUCUGCUCUGACUGACUUUGCUUGCAUUGUACAAAACUGUGGGUUAGUUAAUAAAACUAGCACAAUGUAGACUUUAACUGUUGUAUGAUUGUUGCAAAGAAACACAAUACAGUCCAAUAAAAAAAAAACUUUAGUGGGAAAAAAUGAAAACAGAAUUGGAAGGCUUUUUAUAUAAAAGUCACUCAAAGUAAGCAUUUUAUGUCAAAUCUUCAUCUCUGUAUGCUUAUUUUACAUUGUUUUAUGGAAAUACAAGAAAAUAGAUUGGUGUGUUACAUUGAAAGGUCAAGGAGAUCCUUUUAUUUACCCAGAAACACCAGCUGUUUGUUGACAUAUGCCCAUCUGUUUAUCAUGCUUGACAUGACAAAACAGUGCUCUUUGUUAUGGUCACAUCUUUUGAAUUUCAGAUUAAAACAUUUCUAAGUACACAAAGAUAAA